GUCCUACAAGGCUGCUGACUGGUGCCUCCUUAUAUUGUCUUUCCAGUUUCACCGCCUUCAGAUGUGUCUGGUGACUCCGAGGAAAAGUCGAUAGCUGUUCAUAGAUUCUACUUUUUAUUUGUAAUCUAAAAAAAUAUAUAGAUUAGAGGUAUUUAAUAACCUGACAGACACACCUUUCACUCAUUUGGCGAGUUUAAUCCAGUGCGCGUUUUUACGCAGUUGGAGAGCUUUUUACGCACAGCAGAGCGCUUUGUUUACUUGAAGGUAGGCUGUGAUGAACUGAUUUGGAGAAGCGAAUUAAAAGGAGGAAACUUCUGGAGAGCACAGGUGAGGAGCACCUGGACACCUGGAGCCUGAUCACUGGGGAUUCAUAGACUUUUAAAGUUUGCGUGGAGCGCGGCCACAACAUGAGCAAAACGAAGAACAAAAGCGACAAUAAGACGGAAAAAGCUUUGGCUGCGGAGAAAGAGCAGUUUGGUAAACAGCAGCUCCACAGCAUCAGCAAAACUGUCGCCACCACUGAAACACCGCCCAAAGAGAAAUAUGUGCGCAACAUCAUCAUGGGUACACAUAAGGAGGGUGGAGCCACCACCUUCUGGUCCUACAUCCUGAACCUGCCUCUGUCCAGCAACUCCAUGGUCAGCUGGAAGUUCUGCUAUCUGCUGCACAAAGUUCUCCGGGACGGACACAGAAAUGCUGUCAGAGACUCUCACAGAUACUGCCGCAACAUUAAAGACAUGGGUGUCCUCUGGGGAAACCUGCACGAUCGAUACGGUCACAUCGUUGCUUUGUCUGCCAAGUUUCUCUGCCUCAAAAUGGAAUUUCACGCAAAGCACAAGGCGAUUCCAGGCAACCUGGAGGCGAGUGACGAGACGUUGGACAGGGAAGUAGGAAAUGACCCGACCAAAGUGUUAGACAUAACGCAGGAACUGCUGGACUACCUGGAUGCUGGACUGAAGAUGUCUGAGACAGUUUUGCGCCAGCUCGACGCCAACGGGGCCAAAUCUACAACUCCAGCCGGACAGUGCAGACUGACUCCUCUGAUCCCGCUCAUACUGGACUGCAGCUUUCUUUACCACUUCUCCGUCCUGAUGAUGUUCAAGCUGCACAGCCGCAUUGCUCCAGAUGUUCUUCUGGGACAUCGAGAGCGCUUCCGUGAUCUAUUUACAGGCCUAACACAGUUCUUCGACAGAGCCAGAGAAAUGGAGUUCUUUAAAAGCAUCAUCCAGAUCCCAGAUCUCCCAGAUGGUCCUCCAAACUUCCUGCGUGCCGCCGCCUUGGGUGAAUACAAAAAGCCGGUGGUGGUGAUGCCCAACGAGGAGCGUCACGAGGAGGAGGAACCGGAGCCGCAGCCAGAGUUUAGAGAAGCACAGCAGAUCCCACAGUACUAUUUGCUCAGCCAGAUGGGAGCUCCCGACGCUCCGCCUGAACAGAGGGAUUCACAGAAUGACAGUCUGAAGAGAGAGUUAGAGGUGCUCAAACCAGAGCUGCAGCUCAUCAAGUCUGAGGCUCAGAGGUGUGUCACUGAGUUAAAGGCUCAGGUGAACCGUCUGGAGGCCGAGGUCGAGGACCAGCGCACCCACAAACAGAUGGCCAUGGUGGAGAACGAACACCUGCGGAUGGAGGUGGAGAGUCUGCGGAGCGCCAACGCCAUGAGUGUCGGGGCUCAGAUCGGCUUUAAGGAGGCGGACACGAGAGCUCAGGCAGCAGAGGUUCGAUUCAGUCAACUCAAAGAGAGACACGCAGAGCUGAUCACCAGCCACGCUGACUUAAUGAAGAAGAACGCAGAAACGGUGAAGCUUCUGUCGAGCACAAAACACGGCCAAGACGACCUGCUGAGAGCCAGACAGCAGCUGGAAAACGAGCUGGAAAAUCUACGACAGGAGAAGAGAAACAUGACGAAUCAGCAGCAGCAGCAGGUCGAGCGACUCAGCAAAGAACUGCUGGAGCAAAGAGCAGAGCUGGCUCACCUUCGCAGCACUCUGGACAACAAAGAGAGGGAGGGAUCUCAGACGAGCAGCAGCCUGGCAGCUCUGCAGGCGGAGCGCGAUGUGCUGCUUCGCUCGGCCCGAGAGAAAGACGCCGAGCUGUCCUCGCUGAGACAGCAGGCACAGCAGCAGCAGGGCUCCCUGGACCUGGAGAGAGACCGGCUGAACCGAGAGCUGGAGGCUCUGAGAGCCCAGCUGCAGCAACAGCUCGCCAUCAACGCGGAGCAGAAGCUGGAGAUCGACCGGCUGAGACGAGAGCUGGACUCGACACGAGCAGAGCUGUCGCGUGCAAACAGCGCCCUGCAGAGCAAAGAGAUGAGCGGCACCCAGCUGAGCGGCACUCUGGCGGGGCUGCAGGCGGAGAGGGAGGUGCUGCUGCGCUCGGUGAGGGACCAGGAGGCCGAGCUGAACUCCCUCAGACAGCAGGCUCAGCUCCACCAGAGCUCCCUGGAGCAGGAGAGGCAGCGGAGCAGCAUGGAGAUGGGACACCUGCACGCUCAGUUACAGCAACAGGCCUGUCGUGAAGGAGAGCUGACCCACAAGCUGCAGGAGGAGCAGUUCUGUCUGCUGCAGUGUGCUGUGGUGGAGGCCGAGGGCAUCAUACUGGACGCUGUGGCCAAACUGGACGAUCCCAUACACGUCUGCUGCAUCAGCUCGCCUGAUUAUUUGGUGAAUCGAGCUGAAAUCACUUUGGGUUCGAUCGACAAAAUGCAGCAGAGUCACUCGGUCUACAUGGCAAACAGGAACGAUGCGAGCGGUCUGCUGCGAGCGGUCACACAGUUUUCUCACCUCGCCGCUGACACGAUCGUCAACGGAGCAGCAACAUCUCACUCUGCUCCGACCGACCAGGCCGACUGUUUAACUGACAGCUGUCGGGACUGUGCCAACAACUGCCUCCAGUUCCUGAGGGAUCUGAAGAUUCAGGCCAGUCUACCGAGAGCGGAUCCCACCGCGGUCCGAUACACUGUCCAACGCAUCCUCGCUUUGGGACAGGAUCUACGCCCCAAAGGACGCGACGUGCUGAAAGAAGAGCUGGGAUACGUGGUGGACAAAGAGAUGAUCGCUACAUCAACUGCCAUCGAAGAGGCCGUGCUGCGGAUGGAUGAGAUCCUGAAUCAGGCGAAGAGAGACACAACCGGCGUUAAGCUGGAAGUCAACCAGAGUAUCCUGGGAUCGUGUUCAGACCUGAUGAAGGCUGUUCACAUGCUGGUGACCGCCGCUACUGACCUACAAAAAGACAUCGUGGAAGGAGGCAGGGGUGCAGCGUCUGUCACUGAAUUUUACGCCAAGAACUCUCGCUGGACCGAAGGACUCAUCUCUGCCUCCAAAGCUGUGGGCUGGGGCGCCACCCAGCUGCUAGACUCAGCUGACCGGGUCGUGGGUGAAAAUGGGACGUACGAGGAGCUCAUCGCCUCUUCGCACGAGAUCGCCGGGAGCACCGCACAGCUGGUCGCCGCCUCAAAGGUGAAGGCCGACCGCAACAACAAGAAGCUGUACACGCUGCAGCAGGCAUCGCGUCAUGUAAGAGACAUGGCCGCUGUGGUCGUCACAUCCACCAAACACGGGCAGAGGCAGAUCUCCGAUCAAGGUCCAAUGGACUUCUCUGGCAUGUCUCUGAUCAAGCUGAAAAAAGAGGAAAUGGAAGUUCAGGUGAAGGUACUGCAGCUGGAGAACCAGCUGGAGCAGGAGCGAGUCCACCUCGGGGAGCUGAGGAAGAAGCACUACGAGCUCGGCUCCUCCGUGUGCAUCGAAGACGAGGACGGGGCUGAGAACUUCCCGCCGCCGCCGCCGCCCACUCUGCUCGACUCCACACCAGCAGCUCAGUCCUCUUCACAGACUUACCUGAACACCCAGAGCUACGCGAGCACCAAUCCCUUCGCACCGGCUCAAACACAGGCGCCGCCUCAGUCGUACACACCAACGCAAACCUACACUUCACAGGCACAAACCAGUACACCAUCUCAAACCUACACCCCUACACAAACCUACACCCCGUCUCAACCCUAUACUGCUCCUCAACCAUACACCCCAUCCCAACCCUACACUCCGUCUCAAACCUACACUCCGUCUCAAACCUACACUUCACAGGCACAAACCAGUACACCAUCUCAAACCUACACCCCUGCACUAACCUACACCCCGUCUCAACCCUAUACUGCUCCUCAACCAUACACCCCGUCUCAACCAUACACCCCAUCCCAACCCUACACCCCAUCCCAACCCUACACUCCGUCUCAACCCUACACACCCUCCCAGCCUUACGUCCCAGCUCAGCCCUACACACCGAACCCAACCCAAAGUUACUUAAAACCUCUGUCACAGCCCUCAUCAGAAGCAUCCGCCAACACCCGGCCUAAGUCGCCGUCUCUGUCAGCCUCGAGGAAACCCAACAUCUUCACCAAAUCUGGAAACUUGCUGAAGAACGCGUUCAAACGAGGUGAAGCUGGAACGGGAGAGUCUUGAAGCUUGACUGAAGAAGAAUACUGGAAAUAUACGUAAUAUUAAAAACACUGAUUUUUAAUCUCUGCCUCUGUCAGAAGGUUGCAGGAAUCUUUUUUUUGUAAUCAUACUGAAGCUACUUACUGUUGUGUUGAGUUGAUUUAUUAAAAAUCAUAAAUUCAUCUGCGCUUUCUUUCAGUGAUUCUUCUUAUUUACUUCCCACUCGAAGUCUCUCAUUAGCUUCAAACAUGGCCAGGACUAUUUGAAAAUUAAGAUUUAUCUGAUGUGAAUAGUUGCAGUCAAAAUGUAUAACAGAUUAUAGAAACUUAAACUAUAAAAUGUUUUAAUUUUCACACA